GCAUGAGUGAGGUUCGAGGAAUACGCUGGCCGGUAUUUUCGAGUUGUCUUUCCGCUACCAGGGACUCUACUGUCACAUGACAGUACGUCAUACCCGAACUGUGCAUUGACAAGGGGUGAGGCUCCCUUCACGUGUGUCGUCACUAGAAAGUAGAGCGUGUACCGGGAAAACACUUGAGAGCUGCCCGCCUGGUACAAGUAGGACUGCCGGCGAUACAGACGCACAGAGAUCGGGGCAGGCAGUGUGACGUAACGGUGAGGACCAAGUAUGGCGGAGCCCAAGGUCAACGUCAGGGUCAAACCUGAAGACUUCGCAAGAAUGACAAAGAAGUUGACGCAUGAGCAGAUUAUGGAGUUCCGUGAGGCGUUCAGUGCUAUAGACCAGGACGGGGACGGAGUCAUCAGGUCCAAGGAGCUGGGGAAACUGAUGCGGGCCAUGGGGGAGAACCCGACCGAACAGGAGGUGGAGGAGAUCGUGGUACAGCUCGACCUGGACGGUGACGGGACUAUUGACUUCCCAGAGUUCCUGAACGUCAUGGUGAAGAGGCUGUUCGCAUCGGAGGAUCAGAACGAGUGGCUGAGGAGCGCCUUCCGCGCCUUCGACAUGGACGGCAGUGGGUACAUCAGCCUGCCCGAACUUGAGCACGUGAUGACGGAGAUGUGCGACAACAUCACAGACGAGGAAAUCAAAGAGAUGUUUGACCUUUUUGACGUCAACAAGGACGGAAGGCUCAGUUUCCAAGAGUUUUCAACCAUUCUGAGACUAGACGACGACCAAUCGUGGGGACUAUCGAAGUCUUGAACAAGACGCCAACGCCGAAUCAACUGCGCUUAGAACAACCUGUGAUUGCACUACAUGGACACUGUAUACGGCAAAUAUUCAGCGUCGAUGAUGUUCAUGUGAUACAUUUACCGUUAAUUGACCUAUAAUUUCUCCUAUAUCUUUUGAAUCCUUUUGUUUUGUUUGUUUGUCUGUUUGUUUGUUAAAAACUACAUCGCACCAAUGACACUGAAAUACAAGAUUCGAAGUACCCUGAUAUAAGAAAAGUGUUA